AUGCUGGACUUCAUGGACUAUGUCCAGGCAGCCUUCUACAAGAGGUCCCACUGGAACGUGGAUAACAGCUAUGCCUCCCUGACCACAACCUCGCAUAACAUCCUCGAUUUCAGCAUCCCAUCUGGCAUACGCUUGCACGUGUCCUCGCUAUCGGCACCAAACUUCGCGACAUCAUACACUGUCGCCAGCAAAGGCGUGGUAGAUGGCUCUCUCAGCUUUCUCUACUCCAGCCUGGGCCUCCGAGUCGCGAGCAGAAGCAGCGACCUACCACUGAGCCGGCUUGUGAGAGGGUACAGGCAUCUUCAAGAGCUAGACAGAGUGGAUGGAGCUGGAUGGAAUGCUGGCAUAGAUGGUGAAAAGCUGGGCAAGAAAGAUGCACUCCUAUAUGGCAGGUUGUACCUACCAUCGAGCACGCUCGAGGCUCUCUAUCUCAGGCGUAUCAGUAGUACAAGACUGCUGCGCUUGAACGCUGUAUCCGACAGCAGUCUGCCGAGCGGUGGCACAAUUCUCGCAGUUUUGCAGAACGACUGUGGCAAAUACAGCACCGAGUAUCUCUACUCAACAGACAGUGCUUUGCUGGGAGUCCGAGGAUUGUACAACUUUGGCUAUGAUCCUCGCUUUCCCGAGCACCAGCCUUCUACUAGAGCACCAGCUCACCCAUGGGAUCAUCAGAACGGCAGACUUAGUCUUGGAGCUGAAGCAUACUUCAGUCCUCUCAACAAGUCUGGAGGUCUCAGCACUGGUCUGCGAUUCACGACUUUGCCAAUUCAUACCGGCUUUCCAUACACCAUGGCGCUUACUGUGAAUCCUCUCAUGGGCGGACUAAGCUCUUCGUACGCCGUCAAAGCAGGGCCCAAUUUAGCGCUUUGUUCGCGCUUCGACUUCAAUUUCUAUAGCUACGAGAGCGACGUGGUCGUUGGCAUGGAGCUGUGGCAGAGAAGACAGGCUUCUCCGGAGGUGUCGUGGGCCGAACAGAAACUGCGACCUGGCUGGACGAAGCAUGAUGAUGAUGUUACUGGGGUCCUGAAAGCUCGUAUGGACAAUCAUGGAAGAUUAGGUCUGCUGUGGGAAUGUCGGUUCAAGGAACUGCUUCUUAGCUUGGGCGCUGGCUUCGAUUUGAGGCAGAAGGAAAGAAUGAUCGGACGGGUUGGUGUGGAAGUCAGCUAUUCCAGUUGA